AUGAAAGAUCAGCACCGUGCUGGUCCCGCAGUAAUCGAGCAGAACAAUAUCCAUCGUCCGCUUUCUCACACAACCACUGUCUCCUCAUCCGACUCCUCCCAAAGCGGCAACGCCACUGACAGUCCCCGCCAAUCCUCCCACAGACUCUCCUUCCCAUCUGGCGCAAGACUAUUUCGCCCUCGUUCAAAGUCGCCCGCAGCAAUUGGCACAGAGUUGCCGGUAAAUCGUACUCGUCGCUCCACAUCCGACAACUACGGCGAAACCAUUCCUAGAAAGGUUCCUACUUCUAGUGACAAUAUCCCUCGACGUUCAACAAGCCCCACCGCAAUGUCUCCCAUCGAGCCCACCAGUCCAACUUCUGCUGAUCUGCAGAAGCGCGACUCGGGAUCAUACAGCUCCCAGUCCAGAAAGAGCGGCGACGAUUAUCGUCGCUACAGCGGGACUGUGAACCACUACGGCCGUCAUUCUAACGAUUGGUUGUUCGGUGGGUUCAGUUUGCGGGACACCGUCCGAGAGGGCGUUGAUCGCUUGCGUCAUGGAAAAGAGAGCUGA